AUGAUGGCAGUUACGCGACAGUGCUGUACGCUAUCGGGCGCGUCCAAGUUGCGCAUCGGGGAAUGCCUUCGUUGUGAAGAAUUCGUUACAAUGAUGACUACCAAUCGUUGCGAAACAACUGUCGUUUCUACUGAUUUGUCAUCCUCAUACUCAGAUACUACCCAAAAGAUUUUUCCGUUAAAUCACUCUACCCUCUCUUCCGAUCCCGAACGCGCUGCAUUCCACUCCGGUUUGUGA